GAAUUAUACUGUUUACCGCCAAUUUCAACUACGAUAAACCCUAACUUUUCCCGCCAAAGCUUUUCAAGAAACCACCACCAAAUCGAACCGAGCACAGGACUCCAUUGUCGAUCGUGUAGUUCACCAAGCUAGGAUUUCGAAUAUCCCCACCCGACAAGUCCUGUGCAACACUUCCAAAAUGGUAUAUGCAAAAGGGGGGACGAACCCCAAAUCCAAGACCAAUCCAACUUAUCAGCUCACGAAGAAUGUGUACCCGAUUGGUGGCAUCCAAGUGGAAUUUCCAUACCGACCAUACGGUUCGCAGCUGGCGUUCAUGGGCAGAGUUAUAUCCACCCUUGAUCGAGCUCAGCGAGAGGGCCAUUGCCACGCAUUACUGGAAUCUCCGACUGGAACCGGGAAGUCGCUUUCACUUCUCUGCUCGAGUCUUGCUUGGCAGAAGAAUUACAAGAUAAAGAAUCAGGAUGCUAAUUCCAGUCACACGAAGCCUGCUCCAGAGGCUGCCACAGAUCCUCUCGGUUUUGGCGGUGGAUUUCUUCCCGAAGUGCAGACGUCAAUGUCUACAGAUACUGAGUCAUCUCUUCCAGGGCCAAACAACAAAAGUCAGAAGAAAAAAACAGCCCCGACCAUAUACUACGCCUCGAGAACACAUUCACAGAUAUCACAGGUGAUCCGUGAGUAUAGAAAAACUUCCUAUCGAGUGCCAAUGGCAGUGUUGGCGUCAAGGAAACAUCUAUGCACAAAUCCUUAUGUACGAGGGAAAGAUAAUUUAGAUGAAGAAUGCAAACUACUUUUGAAGGAUCAAGAUGCAGGAUGCAGCGAAUUUAAAAACGCAAACAAGGUUAAAUGUCAUCCAACUCUUCAGAAAGGAGGAUGUCACGAGGUUCAUGACAUUGAAGAUUUGGUGAAAGUUGGAGAAGCUGUAAAAGGUUGUUCAUAUUAUGCAGCUCGCUCUAUGGCAGACGACGCACAGCUGGUGUUUUGCCCAUAUAGCUAUAUUAUCAAUCCAGUUAUUCGAGGAGCAAUGGAUGUAGACAUUAAGGGUGCAAUUGUGAUUUUUGAUGAAGCCCACAAUAUAGAGGAUAUUGCACGUCAUGGUGGUAGUGUGGAUAUUGAAGAGGAUACUUUAAAUAAAUUGCAGAUGGAGUUAGAGCAACUAUGUCCUUUUAAUUCUUUGGUUUACCAGCCUCUGUAUGAAAUGACACAGGAUCUCACAAGUUGGAUUGACCAAAGGAAGACCACAUUGCAGAAGCGCGAGUUUCAGCAUUAUGUCACCUGCUGGACUGGCAAUCAUGCUCAAAGGGAGCUCCAAGAAGCUAAUAUAACUCAACAAUGCUUUCCCAUUUUGCUUGAAUGUGCAACAAAGGCUAUUAAAGCAGCUUCAGAUACUGAGUCAGAUGAUGCACAUUUGAGUGGCCUGUCAGUGAUAACCCUGGAAGGAUUAUUCUCUUCACUGACAUAUUUCUUCUCAAGAAAUGGUUGCCACAUGUCUGACUACCAGCUUGCAUUACAACGCUACAUUAAAAGAGAUCCUGGAAAAGCUUAUGCUGAAUGGACGGUUACUUUAAGUUUGUGGUGCUUUAAUCCAGCUGUUGUAUUUAGAGACAUUGGUGAUCUUUCCUUGUCGGUUAUUUUGACAUCUGGGACCCUGUCACCUAUGAAUUCCUUUUCAUCUGAACUAGGAGUUCAGUUUGGAACUUCACUGGAAGCUCCUCACGUGAUUGAUGUGGAAUCUCAGGUGUGGCCAGCUAUUAUAUCAACUGGUCCAGAAAACUAUCCGCUGAAUGGAAGUUAUAAAACAGCUGAUGGAUAUGCAUUCCAGGAUGCUCUAGGAAAAUCAUUGGAGGAGAUAUUUUUUAUUGCUCCUGGUGGGUGUCUUGUGUUCUUCCCCAGUUAUAAGCUGAUGGAAAAACUCCAAAAACGUUGGUCUGAAACUGGUCAAUGGUCUCGACUGAAUGCAAGGAAGUCUCUUUUUGUAGAGCCAAGAGGAGGAGCUCAAGAGGAUUUUGAUUCCAUAUUGAAAGGUUAUUAUGAUACUAUACGUCUUGGUGAUAACUUUGCAGUCGGGAAGAAGAGUCGAGGUAAGAAGGUCAAACCCAAUCACUCGUAUGUCGUUGGCUGUGAAAAUUCCAAGGAAGGAGCAGCACUCCUUGCAGUUUUUCGAGGAAAGGUUUCAGAAGGAAUAGACUUUUCUGAUGAUAAUGCUAGAGUGGUUAUAAUAGUUGGUAUUCCAUUUCCAAAUAUAAAUGAUAUUCAAGUUGCAUUGAAGAAAAAGUUCAAUGACACAUAUAAAAUGUCCAAAAACCUUUUAAGUGGAAAUGAGUGGUAUUGUCAACAGGCCUUCCGAGCUCUAAAUCAAGCUGCAGGACGUUGUAUUCGACACAGAUUUGACUAUGGUGCCAUUGUGCUAUUAGAUGAGCGUUUCCAGGAAGAGAGGAACAGGACUUACAUUUCAAAGUGGCUAAGAAAAUCCAUUAAACAAUUUGAUAAUUUUGAACAGUCUAUGGAGGAGCUGAAAUCCUUUUUCAGCCAUAUUAAGGAGCGCAUUAGCAACAAUACAGAAAGCGAGUUACCAAAUUCUGAGAAUGAGGAGCAUAUUAUUUCUACCUUCCCAAGUAGUUGUAGAAGAACGAAGAUGGAGAAAAUUGACAAGUUUAAUCAUCAUGGGCAGAAAGCUCAUGAAGAUGCAAAAAACUGUAUAAUUGAUCUGGAGUGCAGUGUUGAAACAGAAACAAGGAACCAUGAGUUUCUAUCUAUGAAUACCGUCCUUGAAGUUCCAGAUUCCCCAAUUGUUCAGGAGACUCCUUGUGUUGAUAUUGUUGGCGCCACUAGUCCAGGAGAAUCCAAAGAUGAAAGAUCAACUUCAACUGUAAUUGAGGCAUAUUCUGAGCUUUCUGAUCAAUUAUCAUAUCAUUCAAAACCUCUGGUCAAAUCAACAAGAUCUCCUCUUACAUCUGAAACUUCAAUUCUGCAUACUCCUGAAAGAAAUGUUUCUGUGAAUGCCUACAGCUUUGCACGAGAUACAGAAUCUUCUUUGAAUACGAGUGUAAAUUCUCAUACCCAGAAAAGGAGGAAGUCUAUCGGUAUAACUAUUACGAAACUUGCUCAAGAAGAGUUUCUUACCGAUCCCAGAACCAAAAAUCCCGAAUAUAACAGUGUGGACAGAAGCUCAAUAAUUAGCAGAAAUUUAACUAGUCCAAAAGAUACUAAUUAUGAAACUCUUCUCACGGAAAAGAAGUCUAACAGUUUAAAUGUCACACGAGUGCCCAAGCUAAAUGAUACUGUUCCUGUUUGUCUGUCGUCUGGUCUUCCAAUGGACAAAAAGUUGUAUCUGUCUUGUGCACUUUGUAGAAGCCCACUUGGUCGCCCAGAGAACCAUUUAAACAUAACGUGCUCAUUUACUGUAUCAUCAAAAACACACUUAGUAUCGAUAUAUAAGGAAAGGUUUAAAGCUCAAACUGCCAAUUCAUCAGCAAGUGUACAGCUUAUCAUUACAGACAUUUUGUUUGUUAACCAGAGGCUCCUAGUUAGGUCUUCGAAAAAUUCAGGACGUGGUAUAUGGAGUGAGGAGGACGGCUGUGUAUAUAAUUAUGUCUUUUGCCCCUUCUGUUGCAGUGACAAUUGCAUUGGUGUACAGAUCAUGGCAACUGAUGCAUCAAAUAUUCCAUUACUUAAUAAAGUGAUGUUUUACGUUGAGUGUUUGGAGAUCCAGGACCUUAAAGCUGAUACAGGAAAGGCUUUAGUAAACAAGGAAGUAUCACCCGUUGGUAGCUCAGCUAAGAAUAAGUAUGCCGUCAUGGAACCCAUUGAAAAUUUUUCAUACUCCCCUAGCCCGCUAACCUCAGGCGGCUGGAGGUCUACUAAAUUGAAAGUCAGAAGGAAAGGAACUUCAUGAUCUAGAUGCAUUCUGCUUGGCUUAAUUUAACCACUGUUCUGGGCUGCAGUCCAAGCUUAUAAGAUUGCCUGGAUGUUUACGUGGUGAUAUAUGGGAGAUCUGGUCAUUUCUAUCGGUCAAACUCACCAUUCAAAGAUUGCAGCUAAGGUGGAAGCUUUGGUGUGUGUUUGGUCAAAAGAAUCUCUUAAUCUAUGUACAUUUAUACUACAAUUGUAAAGUUGACUGCAUAUUUAUCUUAAUCAUUUGUUUCCGGGUUGUGAAGCCCUCUGUAUAGUUUCUGCAUGAUUGUUUUGUCACGCUGUCAUGCUGUUUUAGAUAGGACAGCAUUGUAGAUCCCCUCUAGUAAUAAUGUUAGACAGUUCCCAUGCCUUAUCGAGGGUAUGAUUGUUGAUCUCAAAGUGCAAAUUUUCUGAAUUUAGUGUUUUGGGUUUAACUUCAUAA